AUGGGUACCACUUGUGGUGGUAAGUUUGGUCCUUUCUCCACACCGGUUUGUGGUUCGCUUUCGUCCUCAACUACUUCAGGCAAUACUUCUGACUUCAAUGGUGAAACUGACAUCUGUGGUCUUUCCGCUGCCUGGGGCGGUCCUGUUUGUCCAUCAUCAGUUUGGUCUUGCAUAUCCAGCGGUUUGGUUUGCUCCUCACCCAUUAGGGGUACCAUUACUUUUGCCUCUUUGUCCUCUCGUGGUACUAUUGGUUCGUUUGGUUCCUCAGGACGUGGUAGUGGUUCUUUUGGUCCAUAUUCCACAGGCCACAACAGUUCUUUUGGUGGUUCCUGUUCGAGCACUAUGGACAACUUUUGUUCAUUUUGGUCCUCCACUUCCGUGGACAAAUCAACUUCUUUUGGUUCUUCGUCCAUUGGGAUUGGUUCUGUGGACUCUUCGUCCAUAGCAAUUGGCUCCAGUGAAGAAUCUUGUGGGUCUUCUGGACGCUCCUGUGGCAGGAUAUGGCCCUGA